GGCGCUGCGGCCCUGCUGCGUCCGCGUCUCCGGCAUGCGCCCGGCGGGCCGGGGCGGCUAAGCCGCGAGCUCCGCGCCCACCUGAGCUUAAAGUCCAUGGCCCAAAAUGACUCUACCACUGGAGACUCUCUUCCGUAAAGAAGAAGACCAGACAGGAGGCUGGGAUGAGCAUGCCACUGCAUCAGAUCUCUGCCAUUCCAUCCCAGGAUGCCACCUCUGCUAGAGUCUACAGAAAUAAGACCAAAGAAAAGGAGAGGGAAGAGCAGAAUGAGAAGACUUUGGGACAUUCCAUGAGUCAUUCAAGUAACGUUUCUAAGGCUGGGGGUCCUCCGCUGGCGUCAGCUCCAGGGUCCAUCUUCCCUCGCACUUCUGUCACACCAUCCCAUCAGGACAUCUGCAGUUCCAGUGCAGUGUUUUCUGAGUGUUGUCACCACAGUCCUAUGCAGUCUGCUGUUGUCUUGAAAGCUCCUCAAUGCCAGAAUUCUCUGACACAAGGGCUCACUGUGACAGUUAUCUGUAAAGACACAUUACAGGCAUCAAAGAGAAAUUCCUGUGGUUCAGAAUGGGUCCAGGCCUUGAAGCCUGCUAAGAAUACCAAAGCCAGAAGAACACUGAAGUUCUCAAAAUCUCUAAAUGAUGUGGGUGAAAAGGCUCAGGAUACUUUGAAAAGUUUUGACUAUGUGGGAAGAACUUGCUCUGAAGGGAAACUGAUACUCCCCCAGGAUCUGUGUCUCAAAAUUAACAGGUUCCAUCAUAAAGAAAAAAGAACACUGAAUUGCAAACCUCUUGGCAAUUCCAAACAUUCUUGUGUUUCAUCCCUUUCUGCCAUUCAUUCAACUGCCUCAGAGGUGGAAGCUGGCAAGAGGGGCAUGCACGUCCCGCUUUUGGAAGAGAAAGCAGAUGGCGAGGCUGUGUCCAGAGGCCGACGACUGCUCCGGUACUUGUUCUCACUCUCGCACGGCUCAAGUGCCAGCAGCCUGCACAGGUUCCACGAGUUGGAGGGUUGUGCCGCUCACCUGCACACUGCCAAGUCCUCCAGCGGGCUGGCAGGGAGCAUGGGCUUCUGCUCCGACGAAAUGGGAGAUGACGAUGUCUUUGAGGACAGCACUUCUGCAAAAUUGAAGAGCAGGGUCCUGCGGGCGCCCCUCUGCUCAGUGGAGAAGGACAGUGACCUGGAUUGUCCUUCUCCCCUCUCUGAAAAAUGCCCUCCCAUUUCUCCUGUGUCCACGUCAGGGGAUGCCUGCAGGAUCUGUCACUGUGAAGGGGAUGACGAGAGCCCUUUGAUCACCCCCUGCCACUGCACGGGGAGCCUCCACUUCGUGCACCAGGCCUGCCUACAGCAGUGGAUCAAGAGCUCUGACACGCGCUGCUGCGAGCUGUGCAAGUACGAGUUCAUCAUGGAGACCAAGCUGAAGCCCCUGAGGAAAUGGGAGAACUUGCAGAUGACGGGCAGUGAGCGUAGGAAGAUCAUGUGCUCAGUGAUAUUUCAUGUCAUUGCCAUCAUCUGUGUGGUCUGGUCUUUGUACGUGCUCAUCGACCGCACCGUUGAGGAGAUCAAGCAGGGGCAUGCAACAGGAAUCCUAGAGUGGCCCUUUUGGACUAAAUUGGUGGUCGUGGCCAUCGGCUUUACCGGCGGACUUCUUUUUAUGUAUGUUCAGUGCAAAGUGUAUGUACAAUUAUGGAAGAGACUCAAGGCUUAUAACAGAGUAAUCUAUGUUCAAAACUGUCCAGACACAAGCAAAAGGAGUACUUUUGAAAAAUCUGCACUAACAGAGCCCAACUUUGAAAAUAAAGAUGGACGUGGAGUCUGUCAUUCCGACACAAGCUCUUCUUGCACAGACCCUGAAGACACUGGAGCAGAAAUCAUUCACAUCUGAUUGUGUGAAGGGUGUAGUUUUCCUGGACAUCCAUGAACAGCUGAAGGAAAUUGUUUACUGCCAACUGUGUACCUUUUCUUAUGUCCUUUAAUAGCAUAGACUGCGCAGGUGACUAUUUU